CUCCCCCUUCAGCUCUUCCGACAACACAACACAACCCCAACUCCUCUCUACCACGACGUCGAGAUAUCUACGAAGACCUUGAAAUAAUCCCACGAUCGCGAACGAGGACCAAGAAAGGAUUCUAUACCGGUGAAACUACAGAUACCAACCAUGCAUCGCACGUAUUCUAUGCGACAGUCGCGGGCUCCUACUGUUUGUUGCCCCCCUCUGCGCGGAUGAGACGAGAUGGUAUCGCAUGCUGACUUGAACUCGUAGGCCUCGCAACUUCAAAAUCCGCCUCCGCCGGCAUCUAGCACGAAAUCGGGAAGACUCUUUGGUAAAGGCGGGAUUGGUUAGUGCUUCUUUCAUACGAUGUGUCGAUUUAGGAUGUUUUCGCCUCCAGCGAACGAAUCCCGAUUCGCAGGAUAUUGGCCAAGUGGCUUUGGGACCUCAGGUUUACAAAAACGAUUGUGGAUUUGCUUGCGGUUAUGUUCUGCUUGUUUGCUACGUUUGGCGGGCUUGCGCACUGCCCGGCAACACCGGUUGCACACCAAACCUACAGCCGCCGUGGAGAUAUAUCUGACUUGGUUGGAGCUUUGAUUUGUCCGUAUGCUAACGUUUCUAUGCAGGCCAUGCUCUUCGCAAAAAUGCCGCCGGUCAAUUCGGUCCUGAUCUCGCAAAGAAGCUUACCCAGCUUGUGAAGAUGGAAAAGAAUGUCAUGCGCAGUAUGGAAUUAGUCGGACGAGAGCGUAUGGAAGUUGCUGUGAGUUGUUUAGUUUGCUAUGCAUGAUCAAAAGCUGACAGCCUCAAGCAACAACUCUCAAUAUGGGGUGAGGCAUGCGAUGAUGAUGUUUCCGAUGUCACAGAUAAACUUGGUGUCUUGCUUUACGAGAUUGGUGAGCUCGAGGAUCAGUAUGUUGAUCGUUACGAUCAAUAUCGUGUUACUAUCAAGAGCAUUCGAAAUAUCGAAGCUUCAGUUCAGCCCAGCAGAGACCGUGAGUUUAACCCGCUCGUUCGGAAGAAAAUCAAUUGAUCUUCGAUAUAGGAAAGGCAAAAAUCACCGACCAGAUCGCCCAACUCAAGUACAAAGAACCCAACUCCCCCAAGAUUGUCGUCCUGGAGCAAGAGCUCGUCCGUGCAGAGGCCGAGUCCCUCGUGGCUGAGGCUCAGCUCUCAAACAUCACACGUGAAAAGCUAAAGGCAGCCUACACCUACCAAUUCGACGCUCUUCGUGAGCACUGCGAAAAACUCGCCAUCAUCGCCGGCUACGGAAAACACUUACUCGAAUUGGUGGAUGAUACCCCCGUCACACCGGGAGAGACCCGUGCCGCAUACGACGGAUACGAGGCCUCUAAAGCUAUCAUCCAGGACUGCGAGGACGCGCUUACGAAUUGGGUUACCGCCAACGCGGCGGUUUCAUCCAAACUUUCGGUCCGUGCGCGAACGCUCUCCCAACGUCGACGGGCGCAGAGGAAUGGCGAGGGCCAUGAUUUGUCCGGUCAGGAUCAGCCGUUGAAUGAUCGCGAGAGUGGCCUUUGGGUCCCGGCUAGUCCGCAUAAGGGCGAUGAGUAUGAGGAUGAGUUGGAAGAUGAGGAGGAGGAGGUCGGUGCUAGUAGUAUCAAUGAGAGCACUGUUAACGGGGAGACGAGGGGUCGUCAGGAGACUCUUGCUGCUUGAAGUUGCGGCACCUGAAGCUAUGGCGCUUGAACCUGUGGAUGGGAUGAUGGGGGUGUGAUGGGGGAGAUGGUACUGUACUGAUAGUUGGACUUUAGGGAUGGAUAAGUGGUGGGAGUGGUAAUGAACAGACACAGACUCAGGAGAGUAAAAUGGAUUCGGUCGUUUUUUUUUUCAUAGGGGGUGUUUUGGGGUUGGGAGGAUGGAAUGGAAUGGAAUGGACUGGAUGGAUGGAUGGGAAGGUGGGAAGGAGUUGUAUACGUCUUUUUGGGGGGAUAUUAUGGGGUUUUCUUAGCUUUUUUUUUUAUACUUUUGUCUUGUUUUAUCGAUGGUUUCUUUUUUCUCUUUAAGUGUCGUUUGUUUGUAAUUUGUGAGUGUGAGUGUAGGGGGAAGGGGGUUGUUUCUUAGGUUGGUAGGUAAGGUUAGUAGUGAGGUAGUGAGUGUGAGGUAGUGAGGUAGUGAGUGUGAAGUAGUGAGGUAGCGAGUGUGAGGUAAUGAGGUAGUGAGUGUGAGGUAGUGAGGUAGUGAGUGUGAGGUAGUGAGGUAGUG